CAAAAUUCACUUGGAUCAAAUGACUUUGGCCAAUGAUCAAAUUGCCGUUUCCUUUCUCAAUGAACAAAGACUAAGCAAAAAAUCACUACAAUCUUUACAAUCACCACCGUCAUCAUCAUCAUUAUUAUUAUCAGACAAAGUUGAUUCCGUUCAAACAGAAGUUUUUGUUUUACACAACAAUUGUCACAAUCAUUACAAUCUAGCUGAUGAUGGCGAUGACUUAAAAUCACCUAAAAUAACGAAUAAUAAAGCCAAUAGUAUAAGUAAAAACAGCAACAGUAGUAGUUCAAUUAGCCAUAGCAACGACGACCUACGACAUUCAACGAACAAGAACAAGAACAAGAAGAAGAAGAAAAAAAAGCAAUUUCCCACGCGCUCCAACGACAUUCAUUCGUCAUUAACAACAGCUCAUACGAACAACGAUAGCCAACAACUAAAACAACAACAACAACAACCUGAAUGUGAACAUUUUGAACAAAAUCAAUUUGAACGAAUAUUUGACCAAAAAGUUCAUUCAAACAAUCAAACACCUUUAUCAUCAUCGUCUUGGUAUUGGCUAUUGACAUUAGCAAAUUCUAAACAUCGGCAACAUUAUUUACAACCAGAAUCAACAAGUUGUAUUGAUGAACAAAUAACAACGACAACGAAAAUCAUGAAUCAUGGUCAAAUGUCUUCCUGUCACCUGGCAAUUUCCAGUCAACCAAAAAUGAAUCUACAACAGAAUACAUUAUCGGCAUUUGUCAACAACAAUAGUCAUCAUCAUCAUCAUCAUCAUAACCACAGUCAUAAUCAUAAUAAUAAUCAUCAACGAACAAUGACAGGCAUAGAAGAUUGUCGACAUAUACGGCCAUUAUCUCCGGUAGAAGAACAUCGAAUGCUUCUGUCCAAUUCAAAUGGUUUGACAUUAAAAACGACGCCUUCUCAACAUCAAACGAUAAGAUGUGAUAAUUCAAACAAUCUUAAUAAUGAGAUUAAUAAUCAGUCAUCUUUAUCUUCAACAUUACCUCAUCGUAACCAUAAAAAAUCAAAAGGUAUUCAAUCAACAACAACCACAAAUAAACAACAAAGUUUGUUGAAAUUCAAUCUUCAACCUGGACAUUCAAACACAUUACCAACAAAUUCUACUUUAAGUUCAUUGAUGGCCGCUAAUGGUCAUAGUUUUGGUUCUAAUUUUUUGGAUUCUUCAGCAACAACAUCAGACAACAUGAAUCAACAUUACCUCAAUCAACAACGACAAUUAAGACGACAAAUUUCAUUGAAUAAUUUGGAUAAAAUGAUUAAUUCAUCUUCUUCAAUGACCACAUCAAAUAGUAAUACAAAUUUAACGAAAGAAAAUUCAUUUCAUGUGAAUGGAAAACAAUCAUCACCAGCAUCAAACUCAACUCCAUCGACAAGUAAAGUAAGUUUGUUUCAGCAAAAAAUUCGAGCCAUUCUUUCGCCAUCAUCUAUUAAUAAAGAUAAUAACCAAACACAAACUACAUUGUCUAAAUCUGGUUCAAUUGAUAUCGAUCAUAACGAUAAACGACAAAAUGAAUCUACAUAUCGAUCAUAUGGAAAUCUAGCAUCAUCAACAUCAAUUCAAUAUAAUGUUGAUAAAGAGGAUGCUGUUGUUGGCCGGUUGGAACCAAAAAUAAAACAAGAGCAAAAAAAUUGUGCUAAUAAUAAAAAUAGCGAAUCGUCAUCAUCAUUUAAUGAUAAUGAUUUUAAUGGCAAUAAUAAUAAUAACCAUAAUCAUAAUGAAGCUUCAUUAUUACCAUCGACAAUGCAACAAUGGCAAUCUUCUUCAUCUACUAUGGUCAAUCCAAAUCUAAGCCAUUAUCAUCAACAGCAACAACAACAACAUAUUGAUUCUUGUCUAUUGAAUACAUUGAACAAGUAUACAAUUAGUGCUUCAGUAUCAAAUAAUCUUAAUAAUUUAUCAGCAUCGACAUCGGCAAAAUUGUUGAGACCAUCAUCAAAUGAAUUAGAAACAAUGAUGAUGAGGAACUCAGCUACAGCUACGAUUGAAAGUGAUCAUUAUGAUCUACGUACAGUGUGUAAUAAAUUAUUUGCCAAUAAACAACAAUAUCCGUGUGUUCAAUCGACCAACAUCAACCCGAAUGGCAACAUUCAUUCAAGUUCUGUUGCAGCUACAUCCAACAAGCAAUCAUCAGAUGUUUUAUCAUCGAUGAUGCAAAAAUCUUCAACUGAUACGUGUUUUCGUAAUAUAACUCCUGAAAUGAAUGUCGACAAAGUGACUCGUAAAGAGAGUUUAUAUUCAUUUACUAAUAAAACAUCUCCGGCUAAUAUGCAUCUUCAUCUUCAACAUAAUAAUAAUCAUCAUCAUCAGAAUAAUGGUGUUUCUCAGCCAACCAAUACCAUCACUCGAUCAUCAAAUGUCGAUAACAAUUCCAAUGAACAAGAAGCAGUUACAAAUAGUGUUGUAGUGAAUGAUACUGAUGAUAAUAAAUGUUCAAAUGGACUUAUAGUUCGCUCUUCCAACAACAAUAGUGACCGUAAUUUUGUCAAACAAAUCAUAAAUAAUCAUCAUCCUCAGCAACAACAACCACAACAUCAACAUCAAGGUAGUACGUUAAGUUUAAAUGGGGUUGUAGAACCGACGGAAAGUGUCGAAUCACAUGAUCAUAAUUAUAAAUCGUCAUCCGAAUCUGGUCGUGGUACGAUGAAUAGCCAUACAGAAGAUCGUAAUAAUUUAGAUGUAAAUAGUCCUGGCGAUUUAACAAGUUUAGAUUCAGAUCAAAGUAAUCAUCAAAUUGAUACUGAAUGGAAUAAAUUAAAUGAUAAGAUAAAUAAUUCUGGAGCAAAAUCAAAGCAAAAUUUCAACAAACUUCAACGUUAUCUUGAGCCUAGAUCUUCGAGUAAAGACAAUGAAUUAAAUGGUACGGAUUUCCGAACAAAAUUGUCAAUGAAUGAUGAAACCGAUAGCUGGACUAGUCUUUCUGAUGAUUUGGGCACAAUGAAUAAGAAUCCAUCAACCAAAACAAAAACAACUCUGAAUUCCAAUACAAAUAGAACUAGCAACACAAUGCCAUCAACAAUGAGCAAAAAUCGAUAUCAUCAUCAAAUAGAUAGUAAAUUAAAAACUGACUUUUCCAAGCCAGAAAAUUGUCUAAAUUCUAAUCUAAGCAAACAAACAAAAGCUUCUACAACUCUCAACGGUGAGCAACAGCAACAAUCAAAACCGAUGAUGAAAUUACCACCAAAUCCUCAUAAGUUUAUAACCGAACCAAUGAAAGCGGCCAGAAUGAAUACGACGACGAACAAUAUAUUACCAUCAUAUGAUAAAUGUAUAUAUAGUGUACCAGAUAAAGGAAAAUAUCGUAAUCAUCAUCAACAUCAUUACAAUGCCAAUGAAAUAUUAUCGGCUACAUCUAAUCAUAAUCAUCAUCAUCAUAACCUUCAACAGCAUCAAAAAUUGAAUGAAAAACAUAAUCAUCAUCAGAAUCAUUGUUCUGUGGUGGUUCAGCAUGGUGAUGAUGAUGAUGAUGAUGAUGUGGAAGAUUGUGGUGCUACAUCGAUAGUUUCAAGUGAAACUAACUUUCCUGGCGAUGGUUGUAGUGAAUAUUUAGAUGAUAAUAUCAACAUCGAUAAUAGAAAUGCUCGUCAUCAUAAUGAUCCAUUAAGAAAACAGCUGAAAGGAAUUGAAGAUAUGUAUUCAGAGUUACUCACUAUGCUCAAUCAUCAUCAUGGUAAAAGUGAACAAAAUAAAAAUGGACAACGAAAUAUUUUCAACGCAAAUCGUAAGACAAAAUUAUUUCGUAGAAAUUCGGGUCGUAGUUCAGUCGCUAGUCGAAAUACUCGUGAUCAUCUAUAUAGAAAACAUCGUCAUGAUAAUAAUCGAAUUCGUUCACGAUCUGAAGAUAACAGUCAAGUAUUGGUAAGAUGUCAGCGGUUAGAAUCUCAAGUAUUGACAUUAGCCAAAAGUGUUUCACAGCUUUCGAUCGAUAUACAAUACAAUUAUACGCUUAACGAUCAAAUACAAUGCCUUAGACAUGAUAUGGAAAUGCUUCGAUCUCAAAUGGUUAUCAUAAAACAAAACAUUGUACAACAAUCGAAUAACAAGUUAACACAGAUGAAUGAAAACCAUCAUAAUCACCAUCAACAACAACAACAACAACAGCCGCAGCAAUCAAAUCAUUUAGUGAAUGGUAAAACAAGCCAUAGUAAAGAAUCAAACAACAAUAUUAAUAGUAAAAAAGUUGAUAAAAUUAAAAAAGACGAUCCACCACCGACGCUCAAACAAUUUUUAAAAAAAUUUGGAUAUGAGAAAUAUUUAAAAAAUUUUGAAUCGGAAAAAAUUGGAAUCACUGAGCUAAUGUUAUUGGAUGAAGAUAGGCUACAAAAACUUGGUAUACCGAUGGGACCUAGAUUACGAUUAACGCAAGAAAUAAGAAAUUUAUCUAAUAAUAAUAAUAUCAUACACAAACAACAACAACAAUCAAUGAUGGAUGGAAACGGUAGACAACAACAACAACAACAACAAACACAGCAGCAACAAAUGACAGACAAUUUUAAUAUCUAUGCUGUCGUUUGAUAACAAUGAUGUCUAUUUAUUUAUUCACAUUUUGGAUUAAAUUUCUAAAAAAAAUUUCUGAUUUCUUCAAAAC